UAUUUUUCUUUUUUAGCCUCAAACAGAUUUCUCUGUCAGAAAGAGAAGCUGAGGAGUAGGGGGUGGGGGAAUUGGAUAAAGGUGGUCAAAUGUACAGGCUUCCAGUUGUAAGAUAAAGAGUCCAGGCUUUCUUAGGCUUGGAUCCUGCGGCUCUAGCAGCUAUAAUCAUGGUGCGAAAGCUUAAAUUCCAUAAGCAGAAGCUACUGAAGCAGGUGGACUUCCUGAACUGGGAAAUCACUGACCACAAUCUGCACAAGCUGCGUGUGUUGUGGCAUUAUGUGCUGCAGUGGCAGGAGGACUACACGUGCUACCACCAGCUGAGCCGUUCUGUACAUGAGCUGGCGUGGUGCCUGUGCGACCUGCCCCAGGGCGACCUGUUUCGCAUGCGUGCCUUGACCGCACUACUGGACAAGAUAUAUGCUCUUGGUCUGGUGCCCACGCGUGGUUCACUCGAGCUCUGUGACUUCGUCAUGGCCUCGUCUUCCUGCCGCUGCCUGCCCACCGUGCUCCUUAAGCUGCACAUGGCGCAUCACCUCCAGGCCACCGUGGCCUUUGUGGAGCAGGGCCAUGUGCACGUAGUCACUGACGUGGUCACCUAAACCAGGCUUGUCACGCGCAGCAUGAAGGAUUUCGUCACCGGGGUUGACUCAUCCAGGAUCAAGUGGCUCGUGCUAGAGUACAAUGAAGAAGAGCACUAUGACUUCGAUCUGGAAGCCUAGCUGGUCUCCUCCCCCUUUCCUGCCACAGUUGCACAGGGAUUUGCAUUUUGUAGAUGGGGAAGCUGAGACCUAAUGCUGAAGGCGCUCUCUCUAAGAGUGUGUCAGCCAAUCAAUCGUUGGUUCAUAAGAACUUGGCGCCUCAGCUGCAGGCCAUGCAUAGAGCCAAAGGGUAUACCCCUGUUUUCCACAAAAUGAUAUUAGUCCAUGGACUAUUGAUAAUUAAAUGACUGUCUUGAGACAAUGGGAAGUGGUUUUGUGCUGAGCUGGGAAAUUGUUAGAUCUUGUGCCAGAAACAUUGUAGUGUGAAAGAACUUUGCCCCCACUUCUCUUUAUUAUCUUGUUGCAGGACAGUUUGGUGCAAUUUAUUUAACUCAGAUUCUUACUCCUGAUUGUUAUUAAGCUACAUAUAGACGAUGGAGAGAGUUUGGUCUCAAGUUUUCAUAAAGUGGAUGAGACUUUAGUGU